GGUCCAAUCAGAUGCCAAUACUGAUUUGUUGGCCCCGCCUCCUCUGUAAUCUCCUCCUCCAGAGCAGCCCAGCCGCAGUGUGUGUCCUGUUUGUGGCAACUUGACGAGUCGAGAUGGCAAAUGUGUUGAGAAAUUCCGCCAAAUUCGGGUUUUCAGGUGUGUUGUCCCAGUUGUCCAACCACAGUAGACAUGGGAGAGAGUGUGUGUCGCCGUGCUUCUCUCUGCAGCAGAGAAACAGCUCUACCUCACCUAAGAUCAAGGUGGACCUAGACAACAGUACAGGUGUAGCUGUGUUGAGGAUGCAGAGCCCCCCUGUUAACAGUCUGAGUCUGGACUUCCUCACUGAGUUCUGUAUCAAUCUGGAGAAACUCGAGAUGGAUAAGAGUUGUAGAGGUCUGAUCAUCACCUCGACCCUCUCCAAGGUGUUCUCUGCGGGGCUAGACAUCAUGGAGAUGUAUGGGAAAAGUCCGGAGCGCUGUGGAGAGUUCUGGAAGGCUGUUCAGGAGAUGUGGCUCAAACUCUACGGAUCCAACAUGGCCACCAUAGCUGCCAUCAACGGCUCUAGUCCAGCAGGUGGCUGUCUCAUGUCUAUAGGAUGUGACUAUAACCACCUCUCUCUGUCUAUAGGGCUCUAGUCCAGCAGGCUGUCUCAUGUCUAUAGGAUGUGGUUUAAAGACACGCUGGUGAACACAGUUGGUAACCGGGCAGCAGAGCUGUCGUUGGAGCUGGGUCUGUUGUACAGCGCUCCUGAUGCCCUGAAGAUCGGCCUGGUGGACCAGUUAGUUCCUGAGGACCAGGUCCUCUCCACUGCACAGGACACCAUGUCCAAGUGGCUCGCUGUACCAGACCAUGCCAGACAGAUCACCAAGUCCAUGAUGAGGAAACAGACCAUUGACAAGCUGCUGUCCAACAGGGAAGCUGACAUCACCAACUUUGUGAGCUUCAUCACUAAAGACUCCAUCCAGAGGUCCCUCCGCAUGUACCUGGAGAUGCUCAAGAGUAGAAAGGCCUAGUCUGGGGCCCGAGCGGCUCCCCCAUUCCCUGUAUAGUGCCCUUACCCCUAUAGGCCCUGGUCUAAAGUAGUGCCCUCAGUCCUAUAGGCUCUGGUCUAAAGUAGUGCCCUUACCCCUAUAGGCUCUGGUCUAAAGUAGUGCCCUCAGUCCUAUAGGCCCUGCUCUAAAGUAGUGCCCUUACCCCUAUAGGCUCUGGUCUAAAGUAGUGCCCUCAGUCCUAUAGGCUCUGGUCUAAAGUAGUGCCCUCAGUCCUAUAGGCCCUGCUCUAAAGUAGUGCUCUUAGCCCUAUAGACCCUGGUCUAAAGUAGUGCCCUCAGUCCUAUAGGUCCUGGUCUAAUGUAGUGCCCUCAGUCCUAUAGGUCCUGGUCUAAAGUAGUGCCCUUAGUCCUAUAGGCCCUGGUCAAAAGUAGUGCACUAUAUAGGGAAUAGGGUGCCAGUUGACACACUACCCUGUUAUAUAUAUAUAUAUAUUAGGGCAUUUUGUCAGCUGUAUUUCAUUCUCUUUCUGUCUGCAACCUUCAUGAAACGACAUGGGGUGUGUUUAUUAGUGCAGACCGUAGCGAAACAGUUCAACAGAAAACGAGAACAACCGUUUCUUAUUGGACAAUAUCGGGUAGUUCACUCCCCGUUCUGGCUCGUUUGGAUCCUAAUGAACACACCCCUUAUUUCCCCCUGACACAAUGUUUGACUGUUUUGGACUGAAACAACGAGCACUGUUACCAUAGUAACCACCAUGUAGGUGAUUGUACAGGAAGUCAUCUGGCCUUUGUCUGUGAACAUAAUGUUUGACUGUUUUGGACUGAAACAACGAGCACUGUUACCAUAGUAACCACCAUGAAGGUGAUUGUACAGGAAGUCAUCUGGCCUUUGUCUGUGAACAUAAUGUUUGACUGUUUUGGACUGAAACAACGAGCACUGUUACCAUAGUAACCACCAUGUAGGUGAUUGUACAGGAAGUCAUCUGGCCUUUGUCUGUGAACAUAAUGUUUUGUUUUUUCUUCGUAUGAUAUUUUCCUGUACUGUUGGUUUGCAAGUAAACAUCUGUAAAAUACC